AACAACAAAAAACACAUUUCUCCAACACCUGUCUAUUUGUGUGUGUUACACAAUUAAAAUAUAAAAAAACCUUUUUCCUUAAAAAUUCAACUAACAAAAUUUUCCGUGUAAGCAAAGCCAAAAAAACCGAUCAAAAGGGCGGGAGGGAAAGUGUCAAAAAAUUGCACUGUUUUGCAGAAAAGCCAAGUUGGAGAACACAGGAGGAACUACUGACGUCCCGUCAUGGCUAGGCGUUUCAUAAAGACAUCCGGAGAAGGCGAUUGCCCGCCUGCGAUAUACGCCGAGACUUUCAAACUAUUUUCAAAAUUCGGCGAUACAAAGUCAGACGGCAAGCACAUCACACUGUCACAGAGCGACAAAUGGAUGAAGCAGGCCAAAGUCAUCGACGGUAAGACGAUUACGUCCACUGACACUGGGAUAUACUUCAAGAAGCUCAAACAGCAUAAGGUGACAUUUGCGGAUUACAACAAAUUCCUCGAGGAUCUGGCGAAAGCGAAGAAGGUGGACGUUGAAGAGAUCAAGCGAAAGCUGAGCAACUGCGGGCCACCUGGCUUGUCGUCGAAUGUCGUUUUAAAGAAACCGAAGCAUAAGGUAGAACCGAGCACGAUAGAAAUCUUAGUACCAUGGUCGUACUACUCACAUGGCAACGUUACGCCACAGUACAUGGAAAAUAGCACUAGUGUUGAAGACAUAUCGAAUCUUACAUAUAGAGAUGUCGAGGACGAGGAAAGCCCUCGGCCAACUCUGUCCGAAGCGUGCAUGCAAUUCCCUGAAACUAGGCCGACCAUCGAUAACGAAGAGGUACUCCCUCAGGAGCUGCUUAGGAUGCUGCACCAGCAGACAGAGGAUGAGCAGAUAUUCGGUGAUUACGUUGCGUCCGAAAUGCGCCAGCUCAAGGCGCCGGCGAACAAACGCAAGCUCAAGAGGCUUAUAAACCAAGCUAUUAUACAAAUGUCCGACCUGGAUGCUUCAGAGUACGAAUCGUACUCUUAUGCCGACUCAUCCAACUCUGCUUCAACAAGCAGCGGGUUCGGGGCAAGAGAUAUUAAUAUAAUAAAGCACCUCUAUGAGUCUGAUCCUGUUUAUUAAGAAAAUAAAAAUUGAUUUGUUUUCCACAA